AUGUCAGGUGAUAGCGAGAAGAUGAUGGAGCUCAGCGCGUGGCGAGACGCAGUGUCUUUCGGCGCAUAUCUACAGCCAAUCCAAUUGCAAGUGGAUCAAACCAAGUCAAUUCGAGCAGAUUCAUGUAAUGGCGAGGCAGUGCCGUUUCAAUCGACUCAAAAUUCAUGUAUUUCCAGUAUCGAUCACACAGAGAACUCGACGAUCGGCACUUCAGUCACUCAGCAGCUUACAGAAAAUUCUAUGCCUCUCCAAGACACUCAAUCUGCAACAGAACAGAAUGACGAAAUGUCAAAUGUCACAAUAAUCGCUCCAUUUACAUGUGAAGAGUUGAAUAACGGUGAGCAGAUGGCUCUGAACGUUGGGGGGCCUGUGUGGGCCAUGGACUGGCUGCCAUCUAAGCCAGCAGCCAACGCAACAGCUACAGCUAACAAUUUAAUAAGAAAAAACCAGAAGAGGCCGCAACGUAUUCAUGAAAUAGACCAAAAUGCGGCUGUGAAGGGUAAGGAGAACAACAAAACCGACAUUCCAGCUAGCACUGUCGCUAAUAAAACUGCAGAGCUCGAAACAAACUUGAUCUCAGACUGGAGAUAUCUGGCACUUGCGACACAUCCACCUUGCGUGGUGGAAGAUGGAAAAGUGGUCAAAUCAACGCCCCCUGAUCAUUACUAUGAUGCACCUGAAAGCGGACGAAAUUUGAUUCAGAUUUGGGCUGUACCAGUGCAACGUCCCUCGACUUCAUCGACAAGCAAAAAGUCUUUAAAGAUUGCAAAACCGAGAUUGGUGUAUGCAAUUGAUCAUGAUAGUGGAGUAGCUUGGGAUCUGCAGUGGUGCCCAUUGGUGAAGAAAUUUCCGAAAAGCCAUUGCCUGGAAAAUAUUUUGGGAAUACUAGCGGUGUGUUUUAGUGACGGAAGUAUGAGAGUGUAUAAAAUUCCAGUGAUUUCUAACGAACAACUCACGAGAGAGCACAUUGUCGAAAAGGAACGGCUGGUUGACAGAUGUCAUCCGAUUGUAGUUGCAUCUUUGCCGCGGAUUAUGCAGCUGAGCGUGCAGUGGUCCCCACAUUCUUGGCAGAUGCUUUUAACUGGGGGAUCUGAUGGAUCUGUAUCUUUAUGGAAUAUAAAAUCGGCAGUCAUUGCGAGUGACAGCUCUAGCGAUGAUAGUUUGAAAGGUGAACCUAUAGAACCACUACGUCGAUUUCAAGAUGCCGAUACGAUCGGAAAGCAGGAAGCUUUUGAUUGGGGCUGUGGCUGGGUAGCAAUUCGUGCUGUCUCAUGGUCUCCUUUUGAUGAACAUCUGUUUGCAACGACAGGAAAUGACUCGGUUUUUAAAGUAUGGGAUGUUCGUGAGCCUCGGGUGUGUUUGCGCUCACAUCGAAUACGCUCAACGUGGGGACUUGCUCUUCAGUGGAUGGAUCAGACGUCUAUUCAAAUCUCUGGUGAUCAAGGUUCCGUCUAUGCGUAUGAUAUCCUGAGCGGUAGCUACCAAAAGCUGCACUUCCAUCCACAAAUUGACUCACCCGUGUGGGAUCUGCAAUUUGCGCGACGUAAUGCGACCCCGCUGCUUAUUUCUGCUUGUACAUCUGGAAGCAUUCGAGCUGCACCGGCCAAGAGACAGUAUCGAGUACCUCAUAAUUGCGUUGAGAUCUGUCGUCUUUCAGGUGAAAAAGAUUCUAAUAUCGAGAAACCCUUCAAGACGUUACGAGUGUCAUUCGACAAAACUUCAGUUCUAGGAUCGGCCGAUUCGGUGAGUCAAAACACGCGGGAAUUUUGUGAGCGAGAUGCGUCCCUCCAUCGUCUGCGCAUAUCUUCUGUCACACCCGGUGAUGUUCCUUGUUUGUUGGCUGCUGGUGGCCACGCAGGACUUGUUAUUUUGUUUGAGAUACAGGAGGUUCUUGAUACAUUAAGUUCUAGCUUCUACACGCCAACAAUCAGACGAACCGGACAAUCUAGGAAAAAAAUGAUAUCCGCUGCUGAAAAUAAAAAUGCGAAAAAGAAUCUAUCGGGAGCGCCAGCAACCGUCGAAGAUGUAGAAAGGAAAACGAAGACGCUUGGAAGUUUAUUGAAAGCUGAAGAGAUGCCCACCGCUAUGAGUAAGUACAAGAAAAAAAGUCACGGAAUUAGUAAAGGAAUUGCAAGACGGCAUGCUAACGCGAAAAAGAAGUCGUUUAUUCAGGACGAUGAGGAUGUGGAAGUAAAAAAUGAUAUCAUUGAUGAAGACGGGCCGGAUUUUGAAGAGAUUGACGAGGAUGAUGAUGAGUCAGAUAUGUCGCUUGUGAUAGAAGACAAUUCAGACGAUGAUCGUGUUAGUAUUUCAGAUGGCAUUAUUGAAGAAGAACACGAAGAGGCGAAUGGACCGGAGGAUGCUGAGCAAAAUCGGCUAAUCAGAGAAUACCAACUGGAUUUAUCUGAAGAGGAUGCCCUUUUGUUAGCUAUUCAAAUGUCCAAGGAACCGAUUGAAGAAACCCAACAAGCUACUGCGACCACUGAAGCUCCUGCAAGAAUGACUUCAAAGAAGGAGACAGCUUCUAGAAAUAAAAGGACCAGGAUGGAAGGUGCAAUGGAGAAGUGUCAGAGUAGUGAGACAAUGUUACGAGGUAGACGGACAACUAAUCGAAAGGGCGACGUGUUGAAAACGGUCGAGGAUAUGGGGAUAUUUGAGACAAAACAGCCGGCUGGUGCACUCGCAAAUUCGGAUGUAUCUUCUGGUCUUGACGAGGAGGCAGCGCUCGGAAUCAAUGCGCACCCUAAUACUGAUACUUUUCAACAAGCUGGACAAGAAAGGAGCGAUGAAUGCAUGAAUAAAGAAACAGAGUCAGAUCAGAACGUGAUCGAUCCAACACGACGAGUAGCUUUUUCAUUAGGUGAAGGUGAGAAACUGACGGAGCGUCUCAUACGUAGCACUCGUAAAGCUGAAGGCGCCACGAAAAAGCGUAGAAAUAUAGAGAAAGCGCCACGUGGUGUUCGGCAAAGACGCAUUGCUCAAGGCAACACAUCUCCUCGUAAAUCUCAACCCACCAAAGAAUCAGGUCGAGAAACACAGCUGGGCUAUUCAGAAAUGAAUGAGAAUGAGCCAUCGUCGUUAUUUUCGAUGGGUUCAAAAUAUCUGGACAACACUCCGGUAGCCAUUGAUGACAUCAAGAAAAAAGCAGCAGUCUCAAGGUCAAAGAGGGCUCCUGUCUUACAGGUUACACGCGGUAACAAUCGUAAAAAUCUUACUGCUACUCCAGACAAACAAAUAUCAACGGAUUUGGAUGAAGAGAAACAGCCAGCUUAUGCUGAAAUCUUCAAGAAUACCCACUUAACGCAAAAUAGCAAACGUGGAGCCCAGGCUAAAAUGGUUCGAAAAAAAACUCAGAAAGCAGCUUCAACUAGACGUGAUAUUCGAAGCAAAUAUCGCAAAGAUGACACCGCAACCGACAAUGCACCAGCAAACUACUUAUCUAAAGAUUCUGCAGCUUAUCCGGCUUGUGAUGAUGCAUUGCCAGCAAGGCGAACAACUGGUACCGAUGCGAUGGCUGUAUCUGCCGCCAGAAAAGGCAAGAAAACUGCUACAACUAUACGUCAACGAAGGACUAGCAUUAAUGUAAAAAAAAACAUGUCGAAGAAAGACGCCAUUCAGUUUGCAAUCAAAGUGGUCCAGGAUUCCGGAUGCGAUGAAGAGCUAUCAAAUCAGUCUAAACAUUCAGUAGCUGCAAGCAGGGUAGCAUCCGAAUCUAUAGAAUCUGAAAACACUGGGAAACGAGUAUUUUCCAGUAGCUCUAGCGAGAAGGUUGUAACCAAGAAGCGACAAAAGACGACAACAACUUCACGCGAACGACGAAAGAGAUUUAGUCGAGAUGAUACUGCAUCAGGUGAGGUGGUAGCAACCAAAACAGCAAAGGAUGACGCAGGCGACAAGCAAACAAUAGAUACAGCUGCUUCUACAACGAGUAGUUCAGAAACGAAAACAGCCAAGGGAUCCGGUCAUAUCGCAACAAUGGAGCUCCAAAAGACCAAGAAAAUUACUGCUAGAUCGCGGGUUAGACGACGGAAGAGAGAUGGCUGUAUGAUGUCGGAAGAGGAUGCUCUUUUACUCGCAUUAGCAAUCUCGGAGCUUGAGUAUUAG